AUGAACAUUGUAGCUGUUGAAUUCAAAGAGAAACCACAGAAUGCAACCGUAAAAGCUGGAGAUAGCCAACCUUUUAUUUGCACAGUUAGUAACAUGUUGCACGAGCAGAGCUUUGCUUGGUACAAAGGAAACACGCAAUUGACAGACGGAGAAAAUGUCAUCUAUGUUUCUGAAGUGGAAAGACUAUUAGUUUCAGAACUUAAAACGUCUUCGGGAAAUAUUAUGUCAAUUUUUACGAUAGGUGACGCUGUAUCUGGCGACAGUGGAGCAUAUACCUGCGCCAUUUUGAAUCCCAGUGGAAAUAAUUUCCGUUCAGAGCCUGCGUAUCUAGUUGUUCAGUCAUUACCAGGAUCCCAAUAUCCCGUAUGCUCUGUUUCUAACAUAAUUGCUGUAGUUGAUUCAACAAUUUCAUUAACCUGUAAAUCGGAAAAUGUUUUGCCUCCAGUUGCUUUAUCCUGGAUACAAAACAACAUUAUCAGAGAUGAAACGAAUAGGCUAAAAACCGAGGAUGAAGUAAUAACAGAAUUAACGUUGCUGCUAAAGAAGGAACAUCAUGGUAUGAAAUUCUAUUGUAAACAAGUAUCAGAUCUCAUACCUGGCAAUUACACAUACUGUUCUGUAGGACCACUGAAUGUCCGUUAUAGACCCAAUGUAAAGAUUCAACACACCAGCCCCGUGCUACCUUUUAUCGAAACUGUCAUAUUUUGCCAAACAUUUGCAAAUCCACCAGUCGACAGUUACAGUUGGACGUUUUAUCCUCAAAUCAAAAGUGAUGAAUACACGGUAGAUAGCACAGGACAAGUAUUAACACUUUUGAAACCAACUCUACAGAAGAAUGGGACAAAUGUAACGUGUACUGCUACAAAUGAAGUCGGAAAAUCCUCGUCAUCAAUACAAUUACUAGUAGCACUUAGUGAUUUAAAUCACGGUGAACAAACAGUUGGGGAGUCUAUUCACAGAACAAAAUCCGAAAAUGGAGAAGGAAUUCGUUUAUCAUUGGAUGUUGUGAUCAUUAUUGCCGCUGGUGUUGUUAUUAUUGUUGUACUUGUUGUUUUAGUUCCCGUCUACCAUUACUGUUUAUGUACUAAUGAUAACGUAAUUACAGUUGAUUCAUCGGGAAAAGAAGUAAUUCAACCUGAAGUGUAUUAUGAAGCUAGAGAAGGAGUUAUUUUAAGACAUACGAUUCAAGAUCGUUCGUUGCCUCGUGUACCUACUACAGAAGUGUAUGGUCAUUGGAGACACUCAACAGCUUCACAAGUUCCCAACGAUCUUGAGUCACAUAGUUACACAUAUAUUGAUACAGAAAACGAUUGA